GACGUGAUUGGUUGACAGUCAGCUAAUGCCCCGGAAGUGUUUCUGAGGAUCCAUUGUGGAGGUUUUCUUGAGUGGAGGGAAGACGUCCGAGCAAUUUAAUGGCUGCCUCGAGGGGCCCAGCACUGGGAAAGACAAAGGCUUCGGAUGACGGAGAUGGCCCUCCUGCCAAGAAGGGCCCCAUUUUCUAUGGGAGCCUGGAGGAGAAGGAGCGUGAGCGCAUCCUCAAAGGGGAGUCCGGGAUGAUGGGCAAGGAUGCGGUCAAGGCGGCGAUUGAAGCCGGAAACAUCAAUGUCACCAGCGGCGAGGUUUUUGACCUGGAGGAGCACAUCAGCGAGCGUCAGGCAGAAGUACUGGCAGAGUUUGAGCGCAGGAAGCGGGCCAGGCAAAUCAACGUUUCCACAGAUGACUCAGAGGUCAAGGCCUGCUUGCGAGCCCUUGGAGAACCCAUCACCCUGUUUGGAGAGGGGCCUGCAGAAAGGAGAGAAAGGCUAAGGAAUAUUCUCUCAGUGGUUGGCACAGAUGCAUUGAAGAAAACCAAAAAAGACGACGAGAAGUCCAAGAAAACCAAAGAGGAGUAUCAGCAAACCUGGUACCACGAAGGACCAAAUACACUGAAGACUGCCAGGCUGUGGAUCGCAAACUACUCACUCCCUCGGGCAGUAAAUCGAUUGGAUGAAGCCCGGUUGCUCAAGGAGGUCCCUGAAGCCACACGGACAUCCCAGAAACAAGAACUGCACAAAUCUCUGAGGUCUUUGAAUAAUUUCUGUAGCCAGAUCGGAGAUGACCGCCCCAUUUCUUUCUGCCACUUCAGCCCCAACUCAAAGCUUCUGGCUACAGCCUGUUGGAGUGGCCUCUGCAAGCUGUGGUCAGUGCCAGACUGCAAUCUCAUCCACACUUUGCGAGGACACAACACAAAUGUUGGGGCAAUUGUCUUCCAUCCGAAAGCAACUGUCUCCUUGGACAAGAAGGAUGUGAACUUGGCCUCUUGUGCAGCUGACGGCUCUGUCAAGCUCUGGAGUCUUGAAAGCGAUGAACCAGUGGCUGACAUCGAAGGGCACACGGUUAGAGUGGCACGGGUAGCAUGGCAUCCUUCAGGCAGAUUUUUGGGUACCACCUGCUAUGACCACUCAUGGCGGUUGUGGGACCUGGAGGCCCAAGAGGAGAUUCUGCACCAGGAGGGCCACAGCAAAGGAGUCUAUGACAUUGCCUUCCAUGUUGAUGGUUCCCUUUCUGGCACUGGUGGCCUUGAUGCAUUUGGCCGUGUGUGGGACCUACGCACUGGGCGCUGUAUCAUGUUUUUGGAAGGUCAUCUCAAAGAGAUCUAUGGAAUUAAUUUUUCCCCAAAUGGGUAUCACAUCGCCACUGGCAGUGGUGACAACACUUGUAAAGUGUGGGAUCUCCGCCAGAGGAAAUGCAUCUAUACCAUCCCUGCCCAUCAGAACCUGGUGACAGGGGUUAAGUUUGAACCAAAUCAUGGCAACUUCCUGCUCACUGGAGCCUAUGACAACACAGCAAAGGUCUGGACACACCCUGGCUGGUCCCCUUUGAAAACCUUGGCAGGGCACGAGGGCAAAGUGAUGGGUUUGGAUAUCUCCCAGGAUGGCCAGCUGAUUGCAACAUGCUCUUACGACCGAACCUUUAAGCUUUGGAUGGCAGAGUAAACCGGGAUUCCUGCUGAACUGGCCUUUUCCAGAUCCUGUAACAAAGGAAGACUCAAACUGUAACAAGCUGGGUUCACAAAGAGCCAUUGCUGGCUUCCAUGCUGAUUCCCUACUGGGGACUGUGGCUGGCUUGCUGGAGUUCCAAGGACAGAGCCUAAAGAUGUUCCAUGCACCCUCAUCAAACCAAGCAGAGUUUCUCUUGAGAGUAUCUUUAUUUUUGUAUUUUCCCACAUCUCUUCCUCAUACAUUGGGCUUUGUCUCUUCAGCCCUAGACUACCGCAACUGCAAAAUAAAAAAGCCACCUCAGCAGCCAGCCAGCAUGCCGGGUAGUGGCUUCCCCAGCAUGUAUCAAUUCCAUACCCACCCUUGGUGAUAUCUGAAGCACAAACAGAGGGUAACUUCUUAGGUCGCUCUGCUGGUGUUUAGGAUUGGGGUGCCUUCUCUGUUGGACAGAGACUGUUUUUUUAAAAAAAUAUAUUAAAGCAGGCCUU